CACUGUGCACACAUAUUAUUUACCAACCAAUCAGCUUGAAAAGUGUUAUGACGUUGUCUCUGGAUGUGGGCUGUCAUCGUAGCUGAGUUGUAAAAUAUUGUGCAAAAUUGUGCAGCCCGUUUGUUCCGAUUCAGCAAAUUUAUUGUGCAUUUUUGAUUCGGUGAUUCUUUUGGGUGAUUAGGGAGUGUUAAAGUUGUUUUGUUAGGAAAUCAAGUGGUAAUAAUUUUAAUCGCUUAACGGCAAAUUACCAUUGGUGAAAAUGGGGGAAGCAACUAUUUAAACGAGUGAAAUCAAUUAGUAUCAAAUUUGUGCAGUUGAGAAUCGAGAUCUAAAGUGAAAGCACAAAAGAAUAUAAAAAUGGACACCCACGCUGCUGCCGUGGCCGGCAAUAUGCUGGCCAUGAUGAACAAGACCGUGUUGAGUGCACUGGGUCAGAAUACUACCAACAAUGACAUGGAUAUUUCAACAACCACUAGUGGGCAACCAUCAGACAAUGACCAUGACGACGAUCAGGCGACCAUCUCGAUGGACAAUCUCUACCCUGCUCUGGUGCAGUGCUUCGCUAUCAUCAUUUGUGGCUAUCUCGCCGGCCGACUCAACAUUAUCACCAAUACAGAAGCCAAAGGGCUGAACACGUUUGUCGGAACGUUCGCCCUGCCGUCGGUAAUCUUCCUCUCGCUGGCCGAACUGAACUGGAGUACGGUUAAUUGGAACUUUCUGCUCGCGAUCUUGAUUUCCAAAGCGAUCGUGUUCGUGGCGGUAGCCAUCAUCUCCCUGCUAGUGGUUAGACCCACAAACUAUGGCCGGGCAGGAUUGCUGGCAAUUUUCUGCACCCAGAGCAAUGACUUUGCGAUUGGGUUUCCCAUCGUCACGGCGUUGUACUCCAAAAUCCAUCCGGAGUAUGCAUCGUACAUUUACCUGUUGGCGCCAAUCUCGCUGGCGGUUUUAAACCCGAUUGGAUACGUACUAAUGGAGAUUUCGAAAAUUAAAGCAAAAGCGACCGCUAAUCAGGUCGUGGAACCUCGCCGUCCGUCUCUACCACCAUGCUCUCAGCAGUCGGACACCAGUGACUCCAAUGGGAAGCUACUGCGAGGCAAAUUUCUAGUCAUAAUCAAAACCAUCGAAGCCGUAUUCUUCAACCCUGUGCUGUUGAUGACCGUACUGGGAGUGGUUGGCGGACAAAUUUUCCGCAAUGGCCUACCCAUUGUCCUAUCCAGCGUCCUACAGGUCCUGGGAAAUUCGUUCUCAGCCACAUCUCUGUUCCUGCUUGGACUGCGAAUGGUAGGCAAUGCGUCUACCCUGCAAGGCCCCGGCUGUAUCCUACCGGGUAUUCUUAUUAUAGCAAAACUUCUAGUCCUUCCUCUGGUUACUCGGCAAACCGUUAACAUAAUGAACGCCGGAGCAAACUUCACCGAAACGACUGAUCUAAGCACAUUUGGUUUCCUGUACGGAACCUUUCCGGCUGCUCCGGGAGUGUUUGUGAUUGCCUCGCAGUACAACCAGGACGUGGAUCUGAUCGCUUGCAGUAUGGUAGCGUCCACCUUCAUCAGUGCACCGCUGAUGUUCAUUUCGGCCAAGAUGAUCACGAUCACCAACCUGAACCCGUUGGAUUAUUUAAACGAGCUGGAUAAGUUCGCCUUCGACAUCAGCAUUGUGGCCAUUUGCUGCUCGGUGUGGAUGUUGGCGCUAUUCACACUGACCCGCAGGGUGCGCAAGAUGCCACACCGUGUAACGAGCUGCCUUAUAAUAUCGCAGCUGAUUUGUAACAUCGGCGUUAUUAUGUGGUCAUCGUUCGAUCAGACGAGCGGAUGGAAGAUGUAUCUGCAGUUUUACUUUUUCACGAUCGGCUGUUACAGCAGUCGGCUGUGGACAGCAUUCCUGGCGAUAACGAUCCUGUUUCUGCAAUGUCGUAGUCUAUGCUUCGUGCUGAAACUGUGGCCGUUGUUUAUCGCUGCAGCUUGGGGUCUACCCACACUUAUUGUAUCGCUGUUGUUCCUGCUGGAUUGUAAGAACAUUACGCCGACGGAAAAAAGGAACCCCAGCUUCCAGUACGGCAAUGCACAGGCAGCGAUCGCAGUUUUUCUACUGGUGAUGUGCUUUAUUGUUACGGUUGGCUGUUUGAUCCUUCACCAGCGGUUCAAGAAAAGACACGAAAAAUAUUUGACCCUAUCGAGGGAGGUAUCCUGUCCGGAUGCGGACGGCAGCACGGUCGGAUCAAGCUCGGUAACCAAUUUGAUUCCAGAAUCGUCCAAUGACGAAGGCGGUUCAGUGCACAGACGAAGGCAUUCGAUAACCUCGAGCGAUGAUGAAAUUUUACGAGGAAACGACAAAACAGAUUGUGGAGGAAGUAAUUCAAAUGGAUGUUGUACCAACCGGAAUAUUGUUCGAUCCGUUGUGGAUAUCGAAGAUUUGGUCGUUCAACGGAGUGUGAAUGAUAUUGACAACGAGGAAUCCAUAGUCUCUAACGGAAUGUGCUCGGCCCAAUUCAACUGUCCAACAGCCUCAAAACAACAGUGUCAAUCGCUUAUCGAUCGCUAUCGCGAACAAGCUAGCGACGGUUUGGAGCCACUAGAGCUGGACAACACCGUGGACGAACAUCAAACGCUUAAGCACAUGGUUCUCCUAAUUCUACUCCUCUGUUCAAUGUUCGUUGGGUUGGCUCUCUCGGUGUGGACUCUGAUCAUGGAAGGUAUGUCCGGAAUCUAUGUGGAGUUGACUUUUCUGGAUGCGUUCCUCAAUUUCGGUCAAAGCAUUAUCGUGCUGGCAGUAUUCAUUACCGAUACCGGAGAAUUGUUGCUACCGUUAAUGAAAUUUUGGCGCAAAAUCUGGUACGGUGCGAACAUGUUGCAGCUGCCGAUUUGGAGUGAUAUCAGUGCAGAAACGCGGCAUAUUUGCGAUCAGUUUACCACACAUCAUUUGGAGAACUGUCGCAAAGCGAUCGCCAAGGACAAAAGAUGGCGUAUCACAAUUUACAAGAAAGUUUUCUACGGAACUACAUUCAUCGACUGGCUACUUGAACUAGGUCUCGCUAAGGAUCGCUCGGAUGCGACGCACUACGCACGUCGUUUAGUGGACGGACGCGUUUUAAGGCACAUCAACAACGUAUACCACUUUCACGAUCGCAAACUGCUCUACACCUUCUGCGAUCAGCUGUAAAUGAGCAAGUUUGUAAUUAUGAUUUAGUUUUAUUUAGUUUUACAUGAUAGAAUGUAGAAUCAACUCUGGAGUGCUUAGCUCUAUCUCGCUGCAGCCAGUAUUUCUAGGAAUUUUACGAAAGUUAUUAUUAGGAAACAAAUUUAAACUACAAAGAUUUCUAGAGAUAGUCAACAGAUAGUACCAAGGGCUCUGGAAGAACUGUUAUACCAAAAAAUGACGAAACUGAAAAGUAAUGUGAUUACUAGUUUUUGUACGAGAAUAUACGGGGGAAUAAGGGGUCGGUUCUGAUUCGUACUUUUAUUUUAAGUAUUUAUUGUUGCUAGUUGAGUUUCGAGUAACAGAGUUUAGUAUCGAAAAAAGAAUUGUAAAUAUUAUCUUUUUAUCACCGUGAUCAUGGUAUGCGAAUAUAAUGUAUGUAUAUGAAUUAGAAGUAAUGCAUAGCCUUCAAAAAAGCGUAGCUCCUACUAUAGUAAAGCUUGCCUAAAGGUUCUCAGACAAAUAAAUUAACUGCACUUUUUAGUCAAAUGCAAAAGCAUCUAACUAUGCUAUAAAAAUAUUUUAAUAUAUUUGUUAGCAAUAAA